AUGGCUCGAGAUGGCAGCGUUGUCCCUGCGGACCCACAGGCUAUGGUAGUUGCGAAGAAGAAGACACAGUCUGCUAGAAGUUGGAUUCUGUUUGAUGCUACGGGCCAAGGUUCCAUACUUGACGUGGACAAGUAUGCUAUCAUGCAUAGGGUUCAGAUUAAUGCACGUGAUCUUAGAAUCCUUGAUCCCUUUCUCUCUUACCCUUCUACCAUUCUCGGUCGUGAGAAGGCUAUUGUUCUUAAUUUAGAGCAUAUCAAGGCUAUUAUCACUGCUGAAGAGGUAUUGCUGCGAGAUCCAACAGAUGAACAUGUUGUCCCUGUCGUUGAGGAACUGCAGAGGCGAUUGCCUAAACAAGGAGAUGGUAAAGAGUAUCUUGGCGGUCAAAAUGAUAACGAAGCUGCUGAAGAAGAUGAGUCACCGUUUGAGUUCCGUGCCCUGGAGGUAGCCUUAGAAGCCAUUUGUAGUUUUCUUGCUGCACGUACAACUGAGUUGGAGAUGGCUGCUUAUCCUGCAUUAGAUGAACUUACUUCCAAGAUUAGUAGUCGUAAUCUUGACAGAGUUCGUAAACUGAAGAGUGCAAUGACAAGGCUGACUGCUCGGGUUCAAAAGGUCAGAGAUGAGCUUGAACAAUUGCUGGAUGAUGACGAUGAUAUGGCUGAUCUAUACCUAUCGAGAAAGGCAGGUUCAGCAUCACCAGUUAGUGGAUCCGGUCACGCGAAUUGGUUUGCUGCUUCCCCAACUGGAGGAUCGAAGAUAUCCAGAGCAAGUCGAGCAAGUAUUGCAACAAUGCGUUUAGAUGAAAAUGAUGUGGAAGAGCUUGAAAUGUUACUUGAGGCUUAUUUCAUGCAAAUUGAUGGUACAUUAAACAAACUAACCACACUGCGAGAGUAUAUUGAUGAUACCGAAGAUUACAUUAACAUUCAACUCGACAAUCAUCGUAAUCAGCUUAUUCAGUUGGAGCUCUUUCUUAGCUCUGGAACUGUAUGUCUAUCUUUCUACUCUCUGGUGACCGCUAUUUUCGGCAUGAACAUCCCAUAUACUUGGAAUGAUGACCAUAGCUACAUGUUCAAAUGGGUAGUUAUUUUGGGAGGAGUAUUCUCUGCUAUUAUGUUUCUCAUGAUUACCCUCUUUGCUCUCAAAAAGGGUUUGGUUGGAACAUGA